UACUACACUAUCACUGAGCAUUGAUGGUAUUUGCUUAUUGGACUUUUGUCCAUAGAAUGAAAUGUUUAAUGGAAGAGGAGAUGGUUGUUUUCUUUCAGCUCCUAAUGGUAGAAGUUCAGCCAGGAAGAGUAAUUGUAAGGGGACCACUGAGCAACACACACCCACACAUUGACUGAGCAUGUUAAUGCUGUAUACCUGUGCACUUUCUGGGAACGGUUCAUAAUGGGUUCCUCUAUUCACCCAGAACAGAGGAGCUCCUUGAAGUGGCUUCCUGUUACUAAGAAGAACUGGAAGGAAAUUAUGAAACCGCUGGGAGCUGAAAGGAAACAACCGUCUCCUAUUCCACUAAACGUUUCCACUCGCACCAUGUAAGACAAAAGGGCAACAGGCAACACCUGCAGUGGGCCAGAGGUUAGCACCAUGGUCUCCAAUGCAGCAGAUGACAGGGAUUGCUUCUGUGCUUUUGCUUUAAUUAAGGAGUAUGUGUACAAAAGUGGAAAGUUCUAUAACACAGGCAGCUAGAAUGAGAUCCUGUGGCUCAAUUGGGCGAACAUCACCUCUGGGUUGAGAAGUUGCUGGUUUGAACUCCAACCAGAUCUCCAGAAUAUGAGUGUGGAACAAGGGUCACCAACCCUGUUCCUGGAGAUCUACCUUUCUGAAGACUUUAGCUCCAGCCUUAAUCAUGCCCACCUGACCAUCUAAUCAUUUCCCUAAGAAGUUCUUGAUCAGCUAAACCAGGUGUGUUAGAUUUUGGUUGGAGAUGAAACCUGCAGUAAGGUAGAUCUCAAGGAAGAGGGUUGGUGACCACUGGUGUAGAAGGUUCAGGAAUCAGUGACACAAGCAGUGUGGAAGGUGCAGGAUGGUUCCCCUGUAAGGGAUAUACAGCUUUUUUACAGGCAUGCUGUAAAAAAAAAAAAAAGAUCAGUCAGACUUUCUUGGUAUCUUCAAGCACCUAUUCUUAGUCAGCCUUUUAAGAAACCAUACCAGAUUUGAACCAACAACCUCCAAGCUCAGAGGCAAGGCUUUUACCACAAAGCCACCAAGUUCCAGACAAACACACUGGUGUUUUAUGGGCCUUUGACUUUUAAAAUGACAACCAAAGAAAAAAAAAAAAAAAAGAAAGACACACCUACCAGCCACUUUAUUAGGAACACUUACAUAGCUGCCCCUUUGCAGUGAUCCAAUCAGCCAGUCAUGUGGCAGCAGCUUGAUGCAUAAAAUUAUACAGAUACAGGUCUGUUAAUGUUCACAUGAAACGAAGUUAAUAAUAAUGAGUCUUUAUUGGUCACCUAUACAUUACAGCACAGUGAAAUUCUUUUCUUCACAUACCCCAGCAUGUUAGGAAGUUGGGGUCAGAGCACAGGGUCAGCCAUAAUACAGCACCCCUGGAGCAGAGAGGAUUAAGGGUCUUGCUCAAUGGCCCAACAGUGGCUAAACCAAGGCUUGGACCCCCAACCUUCUGAUCAGUAACCCAGAGCCUUAUCCGUCAAGCCACCACUGCCCUGUAGGACUGCGGGAUGGUUCUUGGUACCAGACAAGAAGGUUUUCACUGUGGAGGAAAUGAUGCCUCACGUACAGCACCUGAACGGAGCCGUCACCAAAAACCUCUUCCUAAAGGACAAGAAGAAGAAAAGCCUGUGGCUCGUCUCGGUGCGUCAUGACCGGCAGGUGAACCUGAACGACCUGGCUAAGAAGCUGGGCGUGGGCAGCGGGAACCUGCGCUUUGCGGACGAGGCGGCCAUGUUGGAGAAGUUCAGGGUGGGUCAGGGCUGCUCCACGGCUCUCGCGCUCUUCUGCGACAAGGACCAGAGCGUGAGGUUCGUCCUGGACAGUGAUUUAGCCGACGGGGGCCACGAGAGAGUUUACUUCCACCCCAUGACCAACGCUGCGACUUUAGGACUGAAACCGGACGAUCUGAUGAGGUUCCUGAAGGAGACGGGACACGAGCCCAUCCUGCACAGCUUUGAUUAGAUCUGUUGUAGGUCAAUGACAGGAAAUGUGUCAUCAGUGAGACAUCAAUAAAAAACACAAACAUGUCACCUUUAUUUCUUGAUCAAAAAUUCAAUCAUUACACUGGCUUCAUCCUGAAACACUGAUUUAAUUUUUUUUUUUUGGAAAAAGGUCUUUAUUUUCUUUAUCCAGUGAGUGGAAUAAACAAAAAGUGAUGCUGUGGUGCAGAAAUGUGAGAAAGUUGAUGUCUCUGUGCUGAACACCAAUGAUAAGACUGGAUAAAAAUACAGAGAUACUUUCACUGAGCAGAAGGAUGAGAUUAACCUUGUAUUUUAAUAAUAAACGCAAAUAGCUUCUUGGACACGGAAACCAACUAUGGCCGCGAUUUGACGUAACUUUAAGCUGCAUCUUUAUGUUUUCCGACAUUUUCAGGACGGAGGCGUUUAAAUAAAUAAAAAAACAAAUAAAUAAAAAAAUGAA